ACGGUUCUCUUCUACGUCGACGACCUCUCUGUAAAUUUCGGAGUCGUUUCGGUGCGAGGUGGAGGUGUUGGAAGCGGCUUGAAUGCCCUCGAAGCCAACAAAUUGUUGACUAGAAGGUAAUCAACCAAUCCCGGAUCCGUUGCGUAUAUUGCAAGAAGCACAAUCAGUAACGCUACCCACGAGUCACUUAAGUUGUACGAAGCUCACAGCACGACAAUCCACGCGUCUCAAAUCAUCAAGUCCUUAGAAUCAUCACGAACACGAAUCCAAGCUCAACGUUUUACGAUCCUCUUUUUGCUUUUCUGUGCAUACGACUUUACGCGUUUUCGAUCAAGUUUACGAUUUUUUUCCUCGAGACCAAAGUUUCUAUUUCUAUCUAACAUCAAAUACAUAACGAUUUGCAAGACUCAAGAUGCGCAAUACUUUGCCUCUUUUAUCUCGUGCGCAGGCCGCCGGCUCUUCCACUCCAACCGCCACUCCUCCCCAAGCUGUACCCACCAUUCGCUUUAUCUCUGCUACGCCAUCCGUGGCAGCUGACACAAGUACAUCGUUCAAUGCCGUCGCACCCUUCGCGUCUUCAUCACUUGCACCGCGCGAAGAUGCAGAAGUACCACGGAGACGCCUUGUUCCCAAAAAGUCCAAGCUCGGACUGCUUGGUGGAAACAAUAAGGCAAAAGACAAAGCUAAUAAAGACUUCUCUGACGUUGUUCGGCGCGUCGGAGGGGGCUCAACAAAUGGCAGGGGUGGAUUCGAGAUCUACGUUGACCAAGCGGAUGACCCGGAUCUCGGGGAGAUUUUGGUAGUAAAGAAGAAGAAGUCACGCCUGGGAUUAGACGGGAUGAAAUGGGGUGCUUUAGGCGAGACGACAAAUAUUCCUGUUACUUCCUCUUCGCAACCAGAGAAGAAGGCUCUGCCGUCUGAGAACCUAUUGAAGGUGAAAGGCGAUGACAGCCAGAAGUGGUGGAGUAUCGGCAGAGGAAGGAAAGACUCGAAGGAGAAGGCAAAGGAGAAUAAACCUCAAGCUCCCCCUCGCUCAAAGACGCCCGAACCUUCGAAGCCUCUGGAGUCGCGAGCGCGAUUCAAUUCGCUCAACGCUGCCAACUUACUCUCCGUACCAGAACACCCCAAUUCCGUCCGUUCCGUGACCUCGCCAAUUGAGCACAGCAACGGUCUCCUUGCACCCCCGUCCAAUAAUGAACCCGCCACCGGAUCGCUUGCCGUACGUGCAAUGCGUUCUGUGCGGUCCAUUGCGCGCAUGAAGAGCUGGGCAACACUGUCUGGCGCGACUACCAACAGCAAGGAAGGCCACAAUACUAACAACGCAUCUACGAACAUGACUGCGACGACUAGCAAUGUCAAGACGAAGGAGAAGGGAGAAGAGAAGAAAAAGAAAAAGAAGAAAGAGAAGGAGAAAACUGUCCGAUACUCAGGUAGCAGUUUCGAAGCUGGAGCCUUGAGUGCUCAGGCAAGUCCUAUGGAGCCCAGCUUCCCCACUACAGCGACGAUGAAGAAGAAGCAAAGUAUCCUAGGGCUCGGUCUACCUUCCACUAUGCGCCGUACGAUGCGCAACGUCUCAACCAUAUCAAAUGCAUCAUCGGUUGUACCACCGCCCGCGACCAUGAACUGCCUUUCCGCUGAUUCAGCUCACCUUGUUCUCAACGCUGCUGGGCGGCCCUCUUCUGUUAUCUCCAGUGGGUCCUCUCUACGUCCGCCCUCGACUGCUUCUGGAGUGUCCGCGUUCUCCGGACGCUCUGCACGUUCGUCUACGAGUUCCGUUGUCUCUGUGCGAUGGGACGAGAAGGGCCUGCAGAAUGUAAAGGAGAUGCAGCGAAAGGAGAGAAAGGCUAAGCGUGAGAGUGCCGCUUCCAAUGGAACCGAUAGGAAGGCAUCUAAGGAGAGCCGUAAGAGUUCUGAAGCUCGUCGUCGCACACCCAUUUCAGAAAUCUUCCCUGACGUUAAGGUUCAAAGGCCUCCAUCCGUGGCUUCUCAUUCCACCACCAAGUCCUCUGUUCUCGGAGGUCCUAUUGUAAAUGUCGAAGAAGCUACUGCUGAUGGACAUUCUGACCACGGCGGCGAUACUGUGAUGGAAACACCUGUAAAGAAGUGUAUCCAUCAGGAAAGUGAUGGUGUCAUAUCCAUCUUGGACGCUGCUACGAAUGACCUUGCGUCGCUCAUCUCUCGCUUGGACCUUGAAGCAACCCCUGCCAGCUGCAAUGGUUCUCCGUUCAAUUGCUCACCCCUAGCCUCAUUCGGCUCCCCAUCUCGCACGACCCUUCCUGCUGACGAAAGUCCCAUUAAGUCGCGCACUCUUCAGAGGGACCAAGUUCUUGCCGGUGGACUUCGCGAGAGCAUGGCGUCCAUUAGUUCUCUUCGACCAUAUGCUCUCGCUCAAUCAUCUCAUGCCAUUCCCACAAUUUCCGAGAAGCCAGCGAUGAACGCUGAACGUAUUGGCCAGCAAAUUGCGCCUUGGUCGGCCCUUGACUGGGAGAUCUCGCCGAAGAAACCUGUCUUCCGCAAGCCUGCCACUGGACGACCUACACACAAGCGAACGUUGACUCCGUCCCCCGCUAUCGAGCCUCCCCCAGUGUUCCAACCAUUGAAGCCUGCGAAAAGGAAUAUCUCGCCCGUCUUGACCAAGAGUCCUACACCCUCUGCAACUACACCUCGCGCUGGCGACCCAGCCCAAGCGCCCUCUUCGAACACCUUUGGUUCCAAAUCCUCGAAGAUGGGCGUAGAACGGUCGAUGGAGAUUGACGACGAUCCCAUGCCGUCUCCGUGCCCAGUCUUCAGGAAGAGUGGUGGACACAUCCGAUCUGGCUCCAUUGUUUCCGCUGUUGGUAGCACGCCAAGCAAACUCAGUCUUCGGAAGUCAUCUAACGAGGGCAGCAUGCCACUGGCGCCCGAGGCGAAGAAGGUCCUGGGUCUGACUGGGACACUGGGUGGUUCUGCUUCCACUGAACCCCCGGUUGAUCCUGAGGACCCUGACUCUGACAUUCCUGAUGAACUUCAGGUCAUCAUUGCAGGGCAAUCUGAUGAAGAGUUCACGCGCAACUUCGAUGACACCGUCUCCUUCCACCGUAUCUCUCCGCCACCUUCGCCGGCGGAGUCUUCCCGUUCAAUCGAGCUUCCUCCAGUGGUUGUCACCACUGCAAUGACUGCGGUUGCAUCUGUCCCGGUAUUCCGAGCGCAAGUCGUCGACGAGGAAGACAACCAUGCGGACAUUGACGACGCUGGUAAUGGUUCUUCAGAGGAGGACGAUACCAAUAAAUCCUUCGACUUCACUGGCGAAUUGCAGAAAUUGAAUGAAUCAGGUGCCUCCGAUAGGCGUAGCUUCGUAGAACAACUUGAAAAUGCGUUUCGUACCCCUGCUCGCAUUGACUUGGGUCUGGACGACGGUUUCUUAAAGGCCAGCGCUCCGCCUAUUCCUCCGUUGCCUCUCAAUUUCAGACCAAUGCCAUCCGAGGAUUUGGUGCCACGAAGCGUGUCGGAUCCCGAAGUUACAACAACAGUUGAGAACAACACUAUGGAUGCUUCAUUCAGGGACUCUGCCGUCUCUGAUACCCUAGACCAUCUUCUCGCCGAAUGUCAAGAAGAUUUCUGUCGUCCCUACCCGGAGAUGAAGAGAAGCAAUGGCUCGAUGCGCUCCAAAGCGUCAGAUGGACAGCUGAACAUCGACUUCAAGUUCGGGGGCAAGCUUUCUGUUCCUCCUGCCCUACCUGAGAAGGAGGAAAAACCAUUGACACUCUCAGAUAUCAUCCCACCGCCGUCCCACUAUCGAUCCCGCUCCUCUUCAUCCAUAUUGGAGGAUGAUUCUGUACUCAAGUCCAUUUUGGCGCAUGUCUCUGAGAUGCCGCCUCCUGCUGUUAGACCUCGUGCAAAUUCUGACACCAGCUCCAGGAGCUUUGCUCGCGAUUCAUCCCAAAUCAGUCAUGGAUCAUCGCGUUCGAGGACCACAUCCGAAGCUAGUUUCACAGGCUUUGAAUCAUUCGACGAGAUUCGUAGAGGUUUCGAAUUCGGACCUACUCGACCGGCCUUCUAUCCUCCUCCUGGAGCAAACACCAGCCAGUCGCACUCACGGACAUCCCACAACAAGCACGAAUCAAUGUACAGUGUCGCGUCGGUCUCUUCCUUUGGUUCCGUUGUCAAUUCCGGCUCCGUCGAUCCUUUCGGCUACUUCCUAAGCAGACCGCCUUCAGAGGACAUGUCGAUGUCGAUGUCGAUGUCAGUCGACGAUACCUUCUCGUUCAUGCGCAAGGAUCCUCGACGCCAACGUGUCGAUAGUGAUGCGUCCAGUUUCUACUUCCGUGCUCCAGGGGUGUCUCAAGGUUCCCAUCAGUACAGGCGUGGUCACCGUCGAAAUGAUUCUACAAUGUCUACGGUCUCCAAUGCUCCACCCGUCAGCAUCUACAACAAGAGCUUUGGCGUCCAUCGUCGAAAUGAUUCGAACACCAGUGCAAGCUCUGUUGCGCAAUCUUAUGCAAUGCAUGGGGCUUAUGGGGGACGCGCAUCUUGGGCACGUCACCGACCUGAUCUUUCAAUCGAUUCCGUUUCCAGUGAAUACUCUGCAAUGCGUCUCGGUAGGCCUGGUAUUGGUGACAAGAUGUUUGACCGGGACUAUGGCAUGCCACUAACUGCAAUUUCUGCAUCUCCGCCGGAAAGCGUCUCUCGCGAGCCGACCAACAACCCAUCCAACUGGGACUCUAUCAUUGACGACCACCGGACAUCGGCCGAGGAUUCGCUAUUCGAGAAGACCGGUUACAGGUCAUCGUACAGCUCAGAUGAGUCCGUCUUCGGCUUCGAUGGGAAUCACUCCGACCCGGGUCAGCUUCCUCCUAACCACUUCCGACCCUUGUCUAUGAUGAGUGUGGCCAGUACGCAUAGCGCACCUAAAGAGGACGACACCAUGAUCUCUAUGAUUGGUGGAGGGCAUGUACGCAGACGCUCCGUGGAUUCAUUGAUUGAGGCCUCUCCCUGUGUUAAGAAAGGUAUUGAGAAGAGGAAACAGACACUGCAGAAGGUCGGCCGUGUGCUCAAGUUCGACAUGGGUGACGAUAUGCCACCUCCGCCCGUUCCCAAGAUCAUAUCACCUGGCAAGACUCAAAUCACAGCGAAGCCAUCUAUUGCUUCGACUUCAUCCUUGCAAUUUGGCGGCGAACGUAUGAUCAAGGCGAGACAGGGGCUCCUUGAAAGACAGAGCCUCGAGGAUAGCGCGCUGAUGGCUCACGGCGAAGAUCUCUUGGCUUCUUUAUGCUCUCAGUCGACUUUCUCUCGACCUGGCCCGGCUUCACGUUCACGUUCGAGUACUGUGACAGAGAGCUCAGGUGCUGACACGCCUCCUUUGUCAUCUUCCGAUGGCUCCUCUGUCUCUGGAGGUUCUCAGUCUAGCAUAGAUCUUGGACAUUUGAACACUCUGCUCACCGGUCACACUUAUCCAAGCAGCGGCAUUGCAAGGGCUCGAGCUAGGCAGAGAGCGCGAGGCACUGGUCAUCGUCGACGAAUCUCUCAAGCACAUGUGUCUCGUUCGUCAGUAUAUGAAACCAUUCAGGAAGAAUCAUUCGUUCUCUCCAGCUCGCCUUCACCAGCCAAGUCAUCAAUCCCCUCCGUUCCAGCCAGCCUCACCAAGGCGAUCGCAUCCCCUGUUCGUGACUCCGUCUACAUUGUGGAUAGCGACACCCAAUCUUUGGUCUCGUUCUCGGAGGACUGGGAUGACGAACGUGGAAUUGUUGGUUUGAGGCGAUACUACGCCCUAAAGUCCGAAGCUCACGAAACUGUCGUUGAGAGCAAGAGAGUAUGGCUCGACACCCCCUUCUCAAUCUUUGCCGUGCAAUCAUUCCAACCGCCGUCCGACAAAACUGGCAUGCAAAUGAUGCUUGAACAUUCGCAGAAGAACUAUGGCCCUCUCCCAUCCGAGCUUCGCCCUUAUCGUGUUCGUUCCCGCACGUCUUCUAGAGCAUCCCCGUAUCCUCUUCGAUCAUUGAAGUCGACGCUCUCCCCUGAACGCACUCGUUCGCCUCGGAAAUCCAAGACAUCAAGCGCAUUUGGCGAUUUCUCCGCAUCCAGGCCAUUCUCAUUCCUCGAUGGGGAUUCCACAGCGCCUCUGCAGGAUGUUAGCACCAACGUCAAUGUCGUUUCUCCGCCUCCUGUGAUUGAUGUCAAAGCAUUUACGCCAUUCGCAGUCAAACUGGAUGAAGCUGUCAAGCCCGAGAAGAACAACAUUGUGCUUCCUGUUCCUGCAAGGCCUCGUGUUACGUCCAGUGCCAGGAGGACUGCUCUUGGAUGGUCCAAACGCAGUUCAGGAAAGGCGAGUUCUAAAGAGCAGAAGGAGAACAUUAGUCAAGGAACGUUGGCUACUCCCGGAGACAGCCUUAGGAUCUCCCGACCCCGUCCUCGCGGUCGCCCCACGCCUGCUCGAACAGCCACGAUCCGAGUUUAAUGAGCCCAUAAAUCGAUUCCUGAUACAUAUACAACAUACAUCGCUUCUCACCUUUCAAUUGCUUCGGUUGGCUCCGGUUCGUGCGGACUCGACUUGCAAGCCAGGGGAGGAGCCAGAACGGUCCUAUGCUAUGCUCAUCGUCUAUGCCCCAUUCUCCUAAGCUUCACCGCAUCUGCUCGCGUAUCUUCGAAAUUCUCAUUCGCAUCUUCGAAUCCCUUUACGCAACUCUCCUCACGUCUCACUGGCUGCUUGCAGUCAGUAUGUCAUUUCUUACGAUUCGCUUUCUUGUUCACGUCCUUUUACGUUCAACGUACGCCCUACUCACGUUUUGACGGCUCCGAAACAUACCCUCGAAACUGUUCUUACGGGCUUUCCCAGUUACGACAUCUUGCUUCAAGCUUCAUUGCUUCCUUUGAUUCAUGAUUUUUUCUGCUUUCUUGUAUUGCUGUUGUUUGUGCUCUGCUUUGCUACGAGAUCAAAAUCCUGCUCUGUAUAGCUGAGAUUGUACAAUAGCUCUCUUAUGCAUUGUAGGAUACGCCCUCCUGCUACGACUCACAUACGUACGGUCACUGUUCUUGUUUUCGUAGAUCGAGAAUAUAGGAUUGUUGUCCCUCAU